ACGCGAAGCUGAACGAUGGUGUCGAGGUUGUCGAUUUCAGCGUUUCCACCGAGCGAGAAGGGAACGUAGCCAAAAUCGUAUCUUAUUGACGCUGCGUGCAUAUGCAUCAUAGUUGAAUUGAUUACAAUUGCUGUUGUUACAAAGAAAGCACUAGCUAUAAGGUAAAACAUGUUUUUUUUUUAAAUAAAUAAAUAGAAAAAGAAAAGGAAGGCCAAUAGAUUAAGUCGCAGUGAAGCUCGCAAUUGCCACGAUGUCACGAAUGUCGAGAUCUGGGCAAUCCUGCACUGUUAUCGGAGUUGUCUCCAAAGAACCCCCAAAGAGCGUGUGAAUAAUAGCCGGGCGAGGCUAAGUCCUGGAAAACCCGGCCCGCGAUGCAGAAAGGAACGGCCAGUCGGGCGGCCUGCUACGGCGAACACGUCGUUAACCAGCGGGCCGUCCGAGGAGGUGAUCAGGCUGACCUUCGAAGAUUUUGCUGAUGGCUGCACCUCCUGCAAAAGAGCUUUCCUGUCUUGGCCAACGCUUCGGUUCUGCAAACCAAUGAGAGGGCAGCCGCUCGGAUGCAACGGUGAUCCGGGAAAAAACAGCCCAUUGUUCCCGGGACGCCGGAGAAGCGCGACCUCCCUCCCCUGGGCCCGAGACGCACUCUCGUGCCCUGUUGGCAGGUCAUUAUGAGCGGGGGCGUCAAGGUGGCGUCCACCCUUCGGCCACCUGCCCCAUCGGGAAUCCCGCUGCCACGCCCGCCCUUACCUGCCUCCCAGAAAGCGGACAGGCACCAAAGGACGCCGACCUGCAAACGCACACCCACGCACACUCCCGCGCAGUCGCCAUCGCUUUGCCCUCGGAGCUGCGGCCUACGUAAGUCAUCCGGUAGGGACGUGCCGACAAAUGCGGGCCCGAAGCCUCCGCCCGUCCGCCAAUCGGGUCUGCGUGCUCGCCGCACCUCUUCUUCAGCCUGCAACAGUCCAGCGACUCAGCGCCGGGUGCCUCCGCCACACUCCAAAGAAACUCCGGAUCCGGAAAAGCCCACACAGAAUGAUGCGGAUUUUUCCCUCGAUGGGAACUGUAAUAGAAACCACUGCACAAAUACAAACCAAACAUGGGGUACCAGCAACUCGCGUCCUUCGCUUCAGCUCAGGAGAGGAGAGCAUUCCACUUCCAGGGCGAUUCACGAUGUCGUGCCGAGAAAGGCGGAGGAGGCUCCGAAAAUCCACCCAGCCCAGUCCUCUAUCGCCAACAACGGUAACGUCUGCCAACCUCCCGCUCCAAUUCGCCAUCGGGAAGCCAUCGGCGCUCUCAGCGACGGCGGCGCCCCGUCGGACGAGGAGAUGGGGACACCGGAGGGUUCGAGUCCACCGUCCUCUUCCAGUCUUCCGCUGCCGCCGCCGGGCAUGCUCGCCAUGUCUGCGCCGCUUCGAGGCCCGCAAACGGAGCCUGCUCCCGUGGAAACGCGAGCUCCGCGAGCCAACAUGGCCGCAGUUGCUCCCUUCAGCUUCAGGCUGCAGGUGCAAGAGGGCGAUUUGUCACUGGAUGAACUGAGCGACUGUUCAUCUGGAUCGAUAGAAAUCUGCUGCGACGACCUGACACCAGACCCAGAAUCCCAGAGGAAGAAGACGGUGCAAAAUGUUUUGGACCUGCGACAGAACCUGGAGGAAACCAUGACCAGCCUGAGAGGGGUGCAGCUGAACCACAGUCAGUCCAAUCGCUCGUCUCCGCCGUCGUGGCGCCACGGUCAAGCGAGCCCACGUCUCCAGGCAGGCGACGCGCCGUCUACGGUCAACGGCCAAUCCGACCUCGCCCUCCGGCUCAGUCACGCCUCCCGCAUCCGCCUCAUCGAAGAUCUGAACGACUCGGAUCCGUCCCUGCUGAAAGGAGAUUACCUGAGCGACAGUGACCUCGGUGGGAAAAGCGCCAAUGAGGACGAUGAAGAUGAUGUGGACAUUGAUGAGCUGAGGAACGGCUGGGACGAGAGCAGCUCCAUCAGCAGCGGCCUGAGCGACGCCUCCGACAACCUCAGCUCGGAGGAGUUCGUCACAAGCCCCGCCCUCAACUCGCUUCCCUCCACUCCCAUUGGCUCCCGCAGGAACUCAGCCAUUGUGAUGCGCACAGAUGCCGAGAAAAGAUCUCUGGUGGAAAGUGGACUGUCGUGGGACAGUGACAAUACCAAAGGCGGCCGUAAGAGUCUGGGCAGCGACGCCUACGACACGGGAAGCCUCAAGUCCGAAUCGGCCAAUAAGUGGAAAAAAGCGAGGGCGCGGGCGGAAGGUCACGAAGGAGGAAAGGGUGAACUGAAGAAACCGCAAACGCUGGGCCACGGGAACGCGUUGAAGAGGGGAAGAAACCCACCGGUGGCAGUCGCCUCCCCUAUCACGCACACGCCUCAGAGUGGGCUGAAAAUGGCAGGUACAGUGAGGACAGAUGGGAAGCCGUCCGAUAAAUCUCGAUUAGCGGUGAAAAACUCCAGUCUUCGACGCUCUUCGUCCGACGCCGGGAAAGAUCAGCGCAAUGGGACCGGUUCUUGCGAGCAACGUAAACCUCCAUCAGGUCUCGCCAGGCCAUCGACCGGAGGCAACUUUGGUUUCAAAAAGCCCACGUCCAAUAACAGCAGUUCAGCCACUGUGAGCGCAGGUGGAAACAGUCCCAAGACAUCUGGCAUUCCUGUCAAACCGGCUGCAGGUGGACGUAAGACGAGUCUGGAUGUCUCGAACGGUGACCACAGCGGAUUUUUGUCUCCGAAUGCCAGGACGGCCCUCCAGUACCGCUCUUUGCCCCGCCCGGCCAAGACGAGUACCUUGACUCUGACCCGGCCCAGCUCGGCACGUCCGCUGAGCGGCACCGCGGACGGGGGUUCCGGGCCGAGCAAGCCCUCUGGUACGGCCCUCCAGGGCCCGAGGCUCAAAGAGCAGCCCGGAUUCGGUUCUGGAACGGGAGGACUGAGUAAAAUGGCCGGUCGGGGGAUCCCGAGUCCUGUCAAUCAAACAGACAGAGAGAAGGAGAAGGAGCGAGCCAAAGCUAAAGCCGUCGUGUCGGACUCCGAGUGCGGAGGUGGUUCUUUCAAGGGGACUCGAGCGCAAAGUGCUUCAGAGAGCGGAGGAAGGCUGCAGGGGCUCAGACCCCCCGGCGCCAGCAAAGCCACAGAUCUACCGUCAUCCACCGCACACAGGUUGUCCGGAUCACGCAGCCUGACGAAGCCUCCGUCCGUUUCCCAUCUUGACAAGCUGAACUCCAACAACCUGGAGGUCAUCGGAGCUCAGGGUUCUUUGCCUCCGAAGCUUCCUCCUUACUCAAAGCUUCAAGAACCGGCCAGCUCCACGAGCCCCUGCCUCACGCCCAGCCCCGCCCCUUUGCUCAAUGUCAACUCUGCGGCCUGCUUCUCAGGCUCGGGGAUCGGCUCGGGGCCUCGGCAACUUACUUCUCUCGGGGCCUCGGGGAGCACCGGGAGCACGUCUCCCCUGCUCUACCCUCGAGUGUCCGGGCUGCAUCGCAGCAUGGAGUCCCUGCCUUUCCAGAUGAGCGUGGCGUCGGAGCUGCAGCAGAGAGGCCGCGAGAAGUUGCCCAGAGGCCACCGCUCGAGUGACUCCGGAGACAAGGAUGGACUUGAGGACAGAGGCCAUCCCGCUAGCUGGAGCUCUGGAAGUCAAGUGUCCACGACAGAGACGAACAGUUCUCAGAGCGACAGAAACACUCUGCCAAAGAAAGGUUUCAGUUUGAACAGCGCCUCCCACGUCGAGUUUGACGGGAAGGAGAAAGGAGAGCGCAGGCUCUCUCGUUCUAUUCUGAGCACGACCGACUCGCUAACUCUUCCGAUGCUGUCGUCCUCGCCCACGUCCUUGCCCCGCUCCUCCAUCAACAGCGCAGUGCCAAGCCCGCUCGGCGGACCUGCGAGGAUGACUCGAUCCAACAGCAUCCCGACCCAAGACGCCUCCAUUGAGCUGUACGCGGCCUGCCCGCUCGGGAGCACGUUAUCGCUGGCCGAACGCCCCCGCAGUUUAGGGAUGGUUCGCUCCGGAUCCUUCCGGGACAAGGACACGCGUGAUGAAGUUCACGGGUCUGUCAUGUCCCUGGCGUCCAACGCCUCGUCAAGCUACUCGUCGGUGAGCGGGAAUGCCAUUCAGUCGCAGGCGGAGGAAAGGAUACAGGGAGAGCAAAUCCGGAAGCUGAGGAGAGAAUUGGAGUCUUCGCAGGAAAAGGUGUCCAACCUGACCACACAGCUGUCAACAAAUGCGAAUCUGGUGGCCGCCUUCGAGCAAAGUCUCGCCCUGAUGACAACCCGACUCCAGAGUCUGUCGUUAAGUCACGAACAGAAGGACACGGAGCUGAUAGAGUUGCGGGAGACCAUCGAAGCCCUCAAGGCCAAAAAUGAUGAAGCGCAGGCCGUCAUACACGGAGCCUUAAACCACCCAGACAGCGAGAAAGACUUGCGUAUCCGUCGACAGAACUCGUGCGAAAGCCUCGCCAGCCUCAACAGUCUGACCAGUUUGUCAAGCGUCGGCAGCUCGAAGGACCAGGAUGCCAAGAAGAAGAAGAAAAAGAGCUGGCUGAGAAGCUCCUUCAACAAGGCCUUCAGCAUCAAGAAAGGCGCCAAAACCUGCUCAGACAUCGAAGAAAUUGUCACUCCCGACUCCUCGGCUCCAAACUCCCCAAAGAUGCUGCACGAAGGAGCGGAAGCAGGAGAGAACCUGUCUUUGUCCCUCAAAACCUCCACGUCUGACAUCUCCUCUAAGAUUAUGGGGACAACGGAGGAGGAAGAAGGUGACGAGAGAGCAGUGUCGGAGCUCCGCUCAGAACUCUGGGAAAAAGAGAGGGAGCUGACAGACAUCCGGCUGGAGGCUUUAAACUCCGCGCAUCAACUGGAGCAGCUCAGAGACGUCAUGGACAGCAUGGAGUCAACAGUGGAGAGCCUGAAGGAGGAGAACGACCACCUGAAAAUCGGAAGUCAGUUCCGUGUCGCGGCUUCCGGUCCCACCUCGUCCGCCUCGCAGCCUUCGGGCUUGGCCUCCUUCUCGGGACCGUCGCUGAGGCAGCCCGUGUCCCUCAGCAAGUCCUUCAGCCUCAGUCUGAAUGACCGCAAAGGUCCAGAUGUGUCCCCGGGCAACACGUUAAGAGUGUCGUCUCAGCCGGAGGAGGCUCGCGCGCAAGUGCUGGUUCGCUUCACCGAUCACGCUGAGGAGGACAAACAGCCGCAAGAGCAUCACCUGGGCUCAGUGAUGAUCGGCGAGAGGACCGAAUGGGCCUAUCUGGACUCCAUGGUAGCCAAGACAUUCAGAGAGUACCUAACUCAGGUGGACCCAACAGCCAGUUUGGGCCUGAACUGCGAUUCGCUACACACGUAUGAGCUGACCCACGGAGCGCCGAGGGUGAUAGGAGGAGACGAACCUCCCGCGUCACCUUAUCGAUGUCUGAGCGGCAGUCCGCCUCGCAUCUUUGUCACCUUGAAAGGUGUUGGCGAACAAAGUGCGGACGCUGUGGUGUUCGAGACCCUCGUUCCCAAGCCCAUGAUGCUGCACUACAUCAGCCUGCUGCUAAAGCACAGGCGCCUGGUCCUCUCCGGGCCCAGCGGCACGGGGAAGACUUACUUGGCUCAGCGUCUGGCCCGCUACCUCCUGCGGCGCAGCCGCAACGACUCGCCCGCGGCGGACGGCGAGCCCGCCCUCGUCUCCUUCAACAUGCAUCGACAGACGCAAAAGGAGCUGCGCUCGUAUCUGUCCAAUCUAGCCGAUCGGAUCGACCGACAGAGCGCGGGCGAGCUCCCGCUGGUCGUGAUCAUCGACGACAUCGGCGACGCCGCCGCCGUCACCGAGCUCAUCAACGGAGCGCUCACCUGCAAGUACCAUAAAUGUCCUUACGUUAUCGGAACGACGAAUCAGCCCGUCAAGAUGUCGUCCAAUCACGGAUUGCACCUCAGCUUCAGGAUGGUUCCGUUCUCGAAUAACGUGGAGCCGGCCAACGGCUUUCUGCUGCGGUACCUCCACCGGAAAGUUGUGGAAGCUUCCCAGAAGAAGGAGCACGGCGCGUCGCAGCACCGGGACCUGCUCCGCGUUCUGGACUGGGUCCCGCAGCUCUGGUACCACCUCCACACGUUCUUGGAGAAACACAGCACAUCGGAUUUCCUCAUAGGCCCUUGCUUCUUCCUGUCGUGCCCCGUGUCGGUGGGCGAGUUCCGAAAGUGGUUCGUUGACCUGUGGAACCACUCCAUCAUACCGUACCUGCAGGAGGGAGCCAAGGACGGCAUCAAGGUGCACGGACAGAAGGCGGUGUGGGAGGAUCCCGUGGAGUGGGUGAGGGGGACCCUCCCUUGGCCCGGCGCACAGCAGGACCAGUCCAAACUCUAUCACCUGCCUCCCCCAAGCAUCGGUCCGCACAGCGAGGAGAAGAAGCGCGCCAAAGACGCUCCUCCGCCCAGCGCACUGGAGUCCGAUCCCCUGAUGAUCAUGCUGCUGAAGCUGCAGGAGUCGGCAAACAGCGUCGAGUCGCCAGAGCGGGAAGGCGGCCUGCGUCCACUCUGAGGAGAGACUCGGAUGGAUUGUUGUGACGAGUUAGUUCCACAAGCAUGAAGAGCAGUCCACAUCUCCAUUUCCCCCCCUUCUGGAACUAUGGGUGCUUCCAUACUUCUUUCGAUGCCAAAAUUGCACUUUAUUUCCAAUGUGUGACAACUGGACUUGAGGAGGACACAUUCGCGUGUUCCAGGAGAACCUUGCCGUUAAAGAGUACUACCGCUAGGUGGCAGCACCUCAGUGUUCCUUGCAUACGCUCCACAGUCUGGUUUUGGUGGUUUGUGCAUCAGCCUGAACCAGGAUUGUAAAUGCACAGAAGAUUCAAAAAUUAAUAAGUGCUUGUUUAUUUAAUCUGAUAAAACAGACAAUUGCUGUUGCUUUUUUAAACCCCUUGUGUGUGUGUGUGUGUGUGUGUGCGUGUGUGUGUGUGUGAUAGAUGAAGAUGCAUUUUUUGUAAGAUUUUCUACCGACUCAUCUUCAGUAAUAAUCAACCAUGUGCAGCGAAUAUUGUCUGACUGCGUCGACCUAACGCGCCGUGGAGUCCCAAAACCAAACGAGUGCUUCCGUCCUUGCCGCUUCUUUCAUCCAAAAACAAAAACAAAACAUCGCAAUCUGCACAUCAAGUAUUGAUCCCUCAUUACUCUACUUCCUUUUUUUUUUUUUUUUUUUUUUUUUUUUUUAAUAUACACAAUGAUGAUAUCUGCGUCCCUCGCAUAUGCUCAGCACGAGCGAGAGCUCAGCUCUCGACCGUUCUGUGAGACGUAGAAGGACGAAAGAGCGAGCGGGCCCUCGAAGCUCUCCGUGUUUCUGCACAUAUGCUGUCUCAACGUUCUUUUAGUCUGCAGCCAAGGUGCUGAUGUAAAGUAGAGACGCGAUGCCUACGUCUGUCUGUGCCUGAAAGACCGAAUUGGCCUAACGCCGCCUUUGAGCUGCUCGAAUGCACCGCUCCGAGGCCUCCAUUUUAAGGAAGUUAUCGGGGGAAGGAGCUCAUCACUUCGGCUCGCGUGCUUCCAUGUCAGAUGGCUUGAAGUGCGUUGACGGUGCGGACCUUUGCCUGGUCGUCAGUCGGAAAGCGCCGCUCGCAAGGCGAGCGGGUGCCGCGCGUGUGAGCGCGGCACGUUGGUUGGACAGACAGUCGUUCGAGAAGUCGAGAGAUGAAAUAAGGAUUGACAUUUUCCCGUGUUUCCCAAAGCUUUUAUUUUGAUUGGACCUAUCAUAUUUAUACAAAAAAAUAAUAAUAAUAAUAAUAAAUAAACUUUAAAAAAAAGCAAAAAAACAGAAAUGGAUGGCUCCCUUUUUUCACCUCGUUUCUAUGACCUUUUUUUCUUAUUGCAAACGCUUGUACAGAUUUAUUUGCCUUUUGUACACGACGUCACCGUCGUAAACACUGUCGGCGCAUCUGUGACAAUGAUCCCGAAGAAAAAAAAAGAGUGGAAAUGUCAAGAAAAUGCAGAAAGGAAGGAGCACCUGAUUUUCAAGCGGGCUGAAGUGUUUUGUCUCCGUAACCGCAUCACAUGUCGAACAUCGACCUAUGGACACAAUAAAGCCAUGCCAUUCGA